AUGGACGGGACAAAAUCUGCAAAGCGACGAAAAAUAACCGACAAAACGCUGCCUAAUGUCGUUCUUCAGAACCCAGAAUUUGCUCAAGAUUCGCAAAUGUACCAGGAUCUCUUGGAAAUGGAACAUAAAUUGGACUGGACGAUGACUAGGAAGAAGGUCGAAAUUCAAGAUUCGCUUGCUCGGAAUCCAACAACUACGCGAACACUGCGACUCUUUCUCAGCCAUACAGUGUCUUCGCAAAUAUGGCAAACAGGUGGUGAACAGAUGGCCAACUUUGAAACGGGAGAAGGCAUACCAGCCUGGAGCUUCAAGAUCGAAGGUCGCCUAUUGGAGGUUGGGAACCAACGAAGUAAAGACAAGGCGCCGACGCGAAAGUUUUCCACAUUUAUCAAAAAGAUGAUUGUAGAAUUGGACAGGGAUGCCUCGUUGUUCCCAGAGGGAAAUAUAGUUGAGUGGCCUCGCGCAACCGGACUUCAGAACCCUGUUUUGGAUGGGUUCACCAUUCGGCGGACGGGGGAUGCAGCCGUCAAAUUACGCAUUAUCUUGUAUCCAGAUCAUUUUCCGGAGCAGUACAAAGUCAGCCCCGAACUUGGUGAAAUCUUGGGUAUCAAGGAGGAGAGCCGUGUCGGCGUCAUUCAAACACUUUGGAACUAUAUCAAACUCCACGGUCUACAGGAUAAGGUAGAUCGAAGGCUAGUACGGGCUGAUGAAAAGUUGGCGCCGAUAUUCCGCUCCGAAAACAUCCCCUUUCAAAAAUUACCCGACCUAGUCAACCAGUAUCUAUCGACACCAGACCCUGUGGUUUUGUUCUACACCAUCGACCCUUCAGUGCCACCUCCAGAUCGGCCCACUGCCUGGGAUAUAGAAGUGAAGGCAGAAGACGUCUUCCUCAAAAAUCGCAUGAGCGUCAUGUUACAGACGAACAGGGAAAGCGCUCAGAACCUCGCCAAGCUAGAUGAAGAAAUAGCUCUUCAUGCACAAUCACUCCAUAAUUCCCACUUGAAGCGUACCUUUUUGGAAUCGUUCGCUAAGAAGCCUGCGGAGUUUAUACAGACUUGGCUGGAAUCCCAAUCGCGUGAUCUCGAGACCAUUCUGGGCAGCGGCCCGACGGAGGGCCUGACAGUAAGGCAAGAAGAACUCCGGCGGAGCGAGUUUUUCAAGUUGCCAUGGGUAGAGGAGUUCAAGAAGGAUUACGGUAAAUUGCGCCAGUGGGCAGGGGAGGUAAUAUCCUCUCGUGAGAAGACGACGGUUACAGAAGAAUUCCAUGAACUCGAGCUGGAUAUCGAGAAACGGAAGCUUGCUGCUCAAAAACUACAUCUUGCGUCCGAAGACUAUCAUCAUGCCCUCACCAAGAAGAAGGAAAGCGAGUCCCUCGAUAACCCGGAAAAAUUGCUGCCUAUCGACACUCUGGGCGUUGUCAUGAUCGUCCACGGUGAAGAAUACGGGGAUGAUUCUGCCCUCGGCGCCUCGCUUAUAAAGCUGGGUCGUGCUCAUUGCAAGAUCGCCACGUUACAAGAGGCCUACGCGCUAACUCUUCGAGAUACGUACCUCGCGUCACUUGAGAACUUUGGUAAUGAGGUCAAAGAGUACGAACACCAGAGAAAGAAACUAGAGAGCAGAAGACUCAGUCUUGACGCCGCCCUAACGAAACAGGAAAAGUUGAAGAACAGUAAGAAGGAGAAAGAUAAAGUAGAAGCGGAUGAAGAAGUUGAGAGAGCGCAAGCCCGAUAUGAGGAAGCUGCCGAAGAUGUGCGGGCCUACAUGCAAGCCAUCCAAGAAAGUGAAAUAGAUCAGCUACGCGAAUUGACUGGCUUUCUGGAAAGCGAGGUCAAUUUUGUGAAGCAGUACCUAGAGGUCCUACAUGAGACACAAGCAGAAUGGUCCAGCACCUCAGAUGUCAUUCCUCGUCGAGCAGAAGGGCCCAUGCAUACUUUCUCUCGUUCUAAUAGUACCAAGACUCCUAAGCGUCCCGUGCAGAAGAGAUCUUGGUCCAGCCGCUCAAACCCUCAAUCUACAUCUGCAGACUCAUCUGACGACGAGCGGACAAACACGUCGUCAUCAAGUCGCCGCCCGUCCACUACCCAUCGCCGCACCGAUUCUGCGGGUACGGCAAAGGCUUCUUCUCGUCCACCUUCUCGCCCUAGCUCGCGAGCGUCGAGAAAGCGAUCGGACAGUUUAGUGAAUCCAGACUCUUCGAUGAGAAUGAGCGUUGCUGGUUGGGCUAACAGUGCAAUGGGAUCUGUACGAGGAAAGAAAAAGGAGAAAUUCGCAUCGUUGCAGGACGACGACGACGAUCAUCCGCCAGGAAGUGAAGAGAACUCACCAGUUUCCAAGUCCCCGAGCUUCACUAAGACAUUGCGACGGAAGUCGCAAUCCAAAGAGGCAGCUCCGAAGGAGCCCUCUCGCAUUCUGAAGCCACCCUCCUUGCAGGAAAAGAAGGUUGUGCGCGCUCUGUAUGAUUUCAACGGCUCCUCCGAUGAGCUAUCAUUCAAAGCGGGCGACGAAAUUGUUGUGAUUAACGAGGUUCUUGAUGAGUGGUGGAUGGGUCAGUUAGAUGGGAAGCAGGGAUUGUUUCCGACGCCAUACACGGAGGCUAUCUCUAAGAAGCCAGUGUUAUUGAAGCGUUCUCGCAGCGGAAAAGCUUACGAAGAGGAUACUGCCUACAUUGCUCCAUCGUUCCAGUCUGACGACGACUCGCCGGAUGAAGGAUAUAGAACGAGUGAUCUAGAAGAAGAAGAUGCAUAUAAAUCCAAGCCUCUGAAUCCAUCUCAUAGCCCUUUCUUUGGGGGUCCUCCAGACCACGGCCUUGCAAGUACUGUAGUGGACGACGAUGAAGACCACCUGAUGCCCUCGAUCUCGCGUCAUGGUUUAUCUGAUAUUGGACCAAACCGGACAGCGGAGCCUACUCCUCCAGCGCUCCCAAUGCGCAGAUCAUUCACGACUGACGUCCUUGCGACUCUAACUCCCGGAAAGAAGGCUCCCCCUCCCCCUCCACCACGGCGUAGCGCUACCCCCAGCACAACCCCCAAGAUACCUCCCCGUAGGCCCAGCGUUCCGGCGUCGUCUUCAUCACCGAGUUUGUUGUCUCCGCAAAAUCGGACAGAAACGCCUUCGCCCAAGAGCAGCUUGGGUUAUGAUGCCUCUCCUUUUGAUAGCGUGUCGGAUCUGUCGCUUCCGAGUUCGACAGCCUGCAAAGAGUUCAGACAGAACCCCUUCAAACCCAAGGGCAUGUGUAGUAAUUGUUUUGAAUAUCAUGCAUAA